AAUAUUCACGGAAUGCUGCAUUUGGAGUCAGAAACCCUCGUGAGAGGCGCCAAGCUGGGACGUCGGCGCUACAAAUGUACUAUGCAUAUCCCGCACCUGCAGGCGGCUCAGCCAACUCUGGCUACUCCACCGGUACUUCGGCGACGAGUGCUACAGCGACCUCAGGAGCAGGUGGUUACAACUACAACAGUGCUGCUCAAUCUAAUAUAGCUGGUUCUGCAGGAAGUACAUCAUCCUCCGCUACAGCAGGAUCAGGUUUAACUGGCUAUAACUACGGCAUAAUGUCAACAAGAGAAACGGUUUCGUCGGGAACUGGAGGAGAAUCCAGUAGUUAUAGUGGAGCUUCGCAGAAUACUGCCUCAGGGUUUACAGGUGGUUCUACAGGAAAUACAGAAGCGGAUGGAUAUAAGUACGAUUCUGGACAGAAUACAGCUUCCGAGACUUCAGGAGGCUCUGGGGCAUAUGCUAUGGGAUCUGAAGUGGGAUCUGGUGGUUAUAGUUACAGCGGUGCCCCACAGAAUACUGCUGCAGUUUCUACAGGAAGCACUACAGUAGUUACAUCAGGAGAAGGAAACGCAGAAGGAGGGGGUUAUAGCUACAGUAGUGCUGCUCAAAACACCGCUUCUAGUUCAUCAGGAGGCUCUACAGCAGUUUCUUCAGGAGGGGGGAGUGGGGGAGGCGGAGGUUACAGGUACAGUGGUGCUGCACAGAAUAGUGGUACAGGAGGAGCAACAGCAGUAAUUUCAGGAGGUGGAGGUGGUUAUAGGUAUAGUGGUGCUACACAGAAUACUGCUACACAGAAUACUGCUACUGGAACAGGGGGGAUUUUAUCAACAGCAACCAGUUUGGGAUCAGAAUCCUCCGGUUACAACUAUGGUGGUGCCCCAAAAAAUACUGUUACACAGCCAGUAGGGACCGCAAAUAAAGCUACAGGCGGAGGAUCAAUUUCGGGUGGUUACAACUACGAUUCACAAAAUACAGGUAAUAGGAAUACUCAAACUGUAACAUCAGUAUUGAAUCUUUAUGAUGCUCCAUCAAGAGAAUCUAACAUUGCUGUAGUCGAAAGUAUGUCAACAAAUGCUCCACAAUACUUACCACCUACAUCACGAAGUAAUAGUGUAGCUACCAAUACUCAAACUGUGGCGGAAACGCCGAUCGUUCCACCUUCUGAUCAAUAUAUUCCGCCUCGUACUCCAUCAAUAACAACAAUGCAGGUUUCAACAACAGCCGUUAUAUCUGGACAGAGUGCUAGUUACUUACUACCAAGUCCUCAACAACAAUCAACAACUUCUAAUGCUGCAGUAUCAGGGCCGAAUGCAAGUUACAUACAACCAAGUACGCAAAAACAAACAUCAACUUCUAAUGCUGCUGUAUCUGGACCGAGUGCUGCUUAUUUGCAACCUACUACCCAACGACAAACAACAACCUCAUCCAAUUCACAAAUAUCUCGACCGAGUACAACUUAUUUACAACCGAGUACCAAGCAACAAACAACAAGGUCUAAAGCUGUUAUAUCUGGACCAAGUGCUAAUUACCUGCAACCGAGUUCCCAACAACAACCGCUUCCUCAGGCUCAAGUAACUGGGCAAAAUGUACAGUCAGUGCCAUUACAAGAUUACUUGCCUCCUGUUGAAAAUACUCCAACUCAAACUGUUUCAGUUUCAACGCCGGCAGCAACUUAUUUACCACCCGUUUUUUAA